AGCCACCUUCCACCUCCUCUCUCCUCGCAGUCAUCGCCCCCACCUCCAAAUCCGCACUGGCCACCUCGCCGUCACCACUUGGCGUGCCCGGAUUGGCCGCACUGCCACCCGCAACCGCUUCCCUCCAAUCUCGCGUGACCAUGUGGCCUCGCCACCUCACCCGCGCCUCCCUGCUGCCGCGGCCCUCCCGGCUCGCAGCCGGCCCACCCCAGGCCGCGAUCGUGUCGAGCCGCUCCUUGCCUCCCACUCCGCGCCACUGCCUCGCGUCGCCGGACCCCGCCACCGCUAGCUCCGCGCUACCGCCCGCUCGCCUCCGCUUCCCCGCCACCGCACUCGCUCGCCGGCUUCGCCCCACACCUCCGCCCCGCCGCCAGCUCCGCGCCGCCGUCACCCGACCUCCCCGUCGGCCUCCACCUCGCCACCCGGCGCCUCCACUCCGGCAAGAUUCCCGCCUCCGCCGCCUCGUCCUCGCCGGCAUCUGCCCCGUCGGAGCACCUCACCUCGCCCCCGCCUCGGAUCCGGCCAGGCCGGACCAGAUCCGCCCAUCCCCGGGCCCCACGAGCUCGCCGCCGGCCCCAUCCUCGCCGAAGAGCUCGCCGCCGACCUUCUCUGCCGCCGCCGGGACGGCCCCGUCCCGGAUCGACCCUGAAACCUUGGACCAAACACCCGUGGCCCAGACCCGCUUGUCCCUGUACAACUCCGUCCCAGUUUUCUGCGAGGGAUGCAAAUGGAGAAGUGUGAAAUGCAUUCUUGCAAAACUAAGCUGCUAUUUACACCAGUGGAAAGUUCUCUGCGACGAUGGGCAAGCAACUCUUCUACAACGGUGCAUACUCCUGUUGGACAAACGGCGUGGGGAACUCCUCCGGAUCGCAUGGAGGUGAGGCUGGGGGAGUCCAACUGAAAACAGGGCGAUGGAGAUGGUGGAUCAUCCCUGAAGAUUCUGAUUUGGACCCAUUUUCCUUCGUUUUUCCUGUUUCCUGUUGGGGCUCCGUAAUAAUUCAAUGUUGGACAGCGUAUGUGUCCUAGCCAUAAACUGCUCUGUUGGCUGUAGGCUUCUAUCGUCGUUUUAGCUGCUUUGUGGUAGUCGAUUCCUUAUCAGUGUAAAACUUGUUACUGGUUGAUGUCUGCUUCAUUCUAUAAAAUGGGGCAG